CUCUGCCUCACAAUUGUUCUGUUCUGUGCUUAGUGCUGACGUUUCAAUGGAAGUGGUGGAAUCCAUGCAUUUAUUUCAUUCCUGUACCAUCUCCAGCCAAAUACUCAUUGUUCCUCUCUGCUCAGCUUAACUGUUAGCUUGAUUCAACUGACUCACCGUCGCUACAAUGUCCCUCGCACUUCGCUCCCUCUCCUCCAUAACCAUCAAUUCUUCUACCCAAUACAACAUUCCGUCCUCGCCAAAUCCCAAUUUCAUCUCGGCAUCCCCUAAUUUGCAUUUUCCAUCCCCAAAUUCAAGGCCCCAGCUACUGAAUCACAGGCUUUCCAUAUCACAAACUCAUGUGUUCGCGGCUGCAAGUUUCGAUUCCGUUUUAGAUGAACCGGACGGAGACGCCUCUCGUGCUCGGGUUAACGGGAAUGGCAGCAGCACAAGCUUCGAUGCUUUUCUUUCCAUUUUGGAAUUCCUCAGCCUCGUGUCAUCGGCUGCGGCUUCUGUUUACAUCGCCGUUCGCUGUGGGAUAAAAAAGGGCGGAUCCUUGGGUUUGUUGGAAAGCAAGGUUUUGCUGUGGCAGUGCGCGGUUCUGGCCGGCGGAUUGGUGGCCGGAGCUGUGAUAAGACGGCGGCAGUGGAGAAGGAUUUGUGGGGUUGAGCAUUUGCGGUGGCCGGUUUCUUCUAGGGCUAGUUUGUUGGAGAAGGUGGAGAAAUUAGAAAAUGAUUUGAACAGCUCCUCAGUGAUUGUUCAGGCGAUAGAAAGGCGUCUGGAGAAGCUAAGGAUUCGGUUUCGAGUUAACCGGAAGGCUCUGAAGGAACCCAUGGCUGAGAUGGAAAAAUUGAUCCAGAAAAAUUCAGACGCCACCCAAGCAUUGAUAACACAUGAAGGCAUUUUGGAGAAGGAGCUCGGGGAAAUUCAAAAGGUUAUGUUGUCUAUGCAGGAGCAACAGCAGAAACAACUCGAGCUCAUUCUUGCAAUAGGGAAAGCUGGGAAAUUCAUUGCAACCGAGCACAAAAAAUGUCAAGAACAGAAACUGAAACUCUCCGGGACAUCCAAUCUCCAAGCAGAUGGAUUACAAAAUCUAGAAAUCGACCAAGUUAAAAGAACAGAGAGUUUGACAUAGUUCAAUGGUGGGAACAGAUGUUUCUCUUCUUGAUGCUAACUGCUGCCUGCAAUGGAAUUUUUUCACCCUUAAUGACGAUGGCAAAGGCUGAUGGAGCCAUUGCGUAGUUUGUCGCACAGUAAGUACUUUGUUACAAUGUCUAUAUCGAUUUCUAUAUUCUGUGCUGUGGAAGAGGCAGAAAUCGAACGUUUUUCUUGCACAGUUGCUGCUUAUAAGAUGAUAGACAAAACUAUUUACUUUUUGCCGGAUAAUUGUUAAAUUGAGUAUCCUAAUAUAUAGAUUGAAGAUAGUACAGUGAGCUAAUGUCAUCUGAAUCGUGUCCUUCGUAACGUUCUUAGUAACAUUG